AUGUUCCGGAUAGAAAGCGUCCGUGACAACAACCCGGAAGCUGGGUUUGGGGUGGAGCGGUGGAUUCAUGUUUCUCAACAUAAUCAUCCCAAUGUACACGCUACAAGAAUGGCAGAGGAAAGCUAUGCCUUUCAGUUAUCUGGCAUCAAGAAACCAGAGAUAAAGAAAAAAAUAAUAGAUGGAAUACGUAAACUUGGUGGAAAUUAUAUCGGCGGUUCAGUCUACCAACAUACCAGUACACACGUCAUUGUCCCACAAGUUUUACCCAGUGAAAAGUUCCUGGCUGCAUGUGCUGCAGGGAAGUGGGUUGUUACUCCACAAUAUGUUAUGGACAGUGUACAAAAUGGAUCUUGGCUUCCAGAAGAAUUAUAUGAGGUGGCCAUAUCUACAAGUACAACGUCUACCUUUUACCCUGUACGACAGUGGCGGGAAAGAGUUGCUAGUGGGAAGUUGAAAGGGGCUUUUCAGGGAUGGCAAGUUCUACUCAUGGUUCAGGAGCCAGCACGCAGGGCCAUGUUUACUCGGCUUUUAAAAGCAGGACAAGCAAAGGUUUUUUACUUCAGUGCUCCUUCUGUUGCUCCCAUAACGCAUGUCUUGGCCAAGCCCAUUACAGAAGAUGCCACUUCCUAUGAUGCUCCAUGCUACCCUGUUAGUCACAUUGUGCAGCACCUUUUUGGAAAAAGAUAUUUGGAUUUGAAUUUCAACUUCUCAGAGGAUGAGACUGAACGUGAAAGAAGUAUUGGUGUCGUUGACUUCUCAGUGUUUGAGAUUGAACUUAAAGAACGAAUUAUCGAACAAAACUACCGGCCCCGUCUCUGCUAUUUAGAAUUAAAGAGUUACCAUGACAGUUACCCACAGUCUGAGGCCACAGAAGCAGACUUUAGCCAGAUUGCCACAAUGAUAGAGUGUGGACUCUUUGUUGAAGCUCUUGACUCCAUCAAAAGUGCCUUGUUUCCAGGCCUGCUCCCACCAGCACCGUACCUAGUUUCACUCAUUGAAUAUGCACAACAGGGCAAUGCUACGUCAGUCUUCUUAAGAAUGUUCAAUCAGUACUUGCACAGAUUACUGGUUACAAAUCCUCCCUGGUCGGCUUCAAAGUUUGUGAAGAAAUAUUUCUCCAAAGUAUUUCAGUGUCCCCGUUGUAAAUCUGGACUGUGGCCUUUUCUAGAGUCUGCAAUUCGUUAUUGCCUGUUGAGAGAUUGCACGUGUCAUCCACUCCCAGGACCCGCUCUGCCAACACUGUUGCAUUUUCACCGUGACCUCCUGGCCUUUAUUCUCAAACUAUUUAAAGGAGAGCUCUAUGCCAUCACCACUGAAGUACACCUUCAGCGAGAGGAAUCGGAAAACCCACGGGAAUCAGCCAAAGGGUCUUUGAUUUUGGGUACCUUUUGGACUGUCUGGGAACGCUCGACUCUGUUAUCGGUGGCUGUGAAACAACUCACUCAGCUGUUGGUUGAAGCUACAUUAGAGGAAGACUCAAAGGGGACAGGAAAGGAGGAGCUCAUUCAUGUGGCUGGCACUCUAGCGGACCUUUUGUCUAUAGUGGUUGAGUUUUGGUGCCAGUACAACUUUAAACUCAACCAACCUCUUGUGAAAAAAGCCUUAAACGAUUUUGCUGAGCAUUUUGCAGCCAGUCGCACAUUGCCACCAAUACUUCUGGCAGAACUGGUUUCCAAAAUUAUCUCCAGUCGACUGAAGCUGGCUUUAGCUGAUUCCGUUUUCAGACGAUUUUGCUACGAGAAUGGAUCCUCUGUUGGAGAUGCCCCUCUCUGUCUGAAGAAAAUUAUGCAGCAAUACCUACCAGCUCUGGAUAUACUAAGUCAGUCACCGCAUAAGGCCAGGCUCAGUGUGCGUAGGCAUGUCAUGACAGACACUGGUGAUGGACUUGAAAACCCAUCAUAUGAAGUCAAUGAGAAUUGUUCUGAAAAAGGCAAUGUUCUGAAAGGCCUCAAACGUGUCAAUGUUGCAGGAGAGACCCUCCUCCACAGAGCUUGCAAGAGGAACCAAGUGGAAACAGUACUCCACAUCCUGGCGCUGCCCGACACAGAUGUAAAUGUUAAAGACCACGCUGGGUGGACCCCGCUGCAUGAGGCCUGUAACCACGGCAGCACUGCAUGUGUGCAGGCUUUAUUACGUCAUCGUCCUGCUCCAGUCGUCGACAGCCAAGUGGGCGGAGUCAGCCCUCUGUAUGACGCUGUACUCAACGGACACAUGGACAUCGCCAAACUUCUCCUAGAGCAUGAAGGUUCAGUCAUCCUACAUCAGAAACAUCCAAGCGGUGAGACGGCUCUGGACUUGGUGACAGAUGCUGCUCAGAGGGAGGAGCUUUUCAACUGUGCUCUAACUCGAGACAACGCCCAGAGGAGGAAGUCCACGGAGGUGCAGAACCUGCCUCUCCUGGAGGCUGGCUCCUGCCUGCUGCUGCACCUCCUGAUCUCUUACCAGCAGGAGAAGGAACUGAUUGAGUUUGACCAAAGUGAAGCUGGAGAUCACAGUUUGAGCCAGAGGAUGCUCAGAGCGUUGCAGAUGCACUCCUUUCAGACUGUGACCUCAGCGUGGAAAGACCAGCAGGCAGUGAGGCUGCUGGAGGAUGCAAUGACAGUAAUGGAAGUUGGUCGAGGUGAUUAUGAUGGACUGAUUCCAACACCAAUCAGAGAGUGCAAAGGAAAAAACACACAGUUCUUAAUGGAGAAAUUGGCUGUGCUGAAGUCCAAAGGGCAACAACUGGUUCUUCAGUUAAAGAAAUCCUGA